AUGAAGACCAACCACGCCCUCGACGCGAUCAAUCAUCUUUUCCAAACUCUCAUGAAGAAUCGCGUCGAUCCCUACGGUGGCAAAGUUCUCUUGCUCGGCGGCGAUUUUAGACAGUGCUUGCCCGUUGUGAGACACGGAAACAGGGUCAAAAUCAUCGAAGCGACCAUCACCAAUAACGCGACUAGGCCUCUUUUUCGACAGCUUCGAUUGGUGCAAAACAUGCGCACUGCCGAUGGUAGUCAAGAUUUCGCUGAUUGGCUCAUUCAAUUGGGAAAUGGAUCUUUGGCACAAACGCCGCGGCUCAAUGACCCAGAUCUCAUCGAAAUCCCGCAAGGCCUUCUCAGCAUUCGAACUAACUUAAUCGAACACGUCUUUGGUGAUCCAUCGGAUCUCUUAAACGAAGGCGUCAGAGAACAAAUUUGUAACCGGGCUAUUCUAUGUCCCAAGAAUUAA